CAAAACAGAGGCUCGAGAAGAGGGUACAAAAUGGCGACUGGAUAAAAAUAGUGGUUUUCUUUUCUAUUCCUUAGUGACUGCUUAACGAAUGCAAAAAUGGACAGUGGCGAAUACAUGAGUUUUACGGCCCAGCUAAAAGAAGCUGAGAAGAUUUUCCUCAGACUCACCACAGAAGAAAAAGAAAAGGCAUUCAAAACUAUCCUUACAUUUAAAGCAAAGUGUACAGAAGCUGUCAACAAAUCUCACGAAGCUGCUUAUAAACAGGACAAAGUAGCAACCCUAAAAACAACAAGGAAAAAAUCAACUACAAACAAGAAAAACAACAAAGAAAAUAAAGAUGAAAUAAGUAAUGAAUUAUUUAUCAGAAACUGUCUUGAUGAACUUGUUUCUGAUGCUGUUAGUACAGUGGAAGACAAAAAUAAAGUAUGGCCAUCGAAACGAUUGAGGAAAAGAAAAUCCUCCUCAUUACCAGAGUUCAAUAAUGAGGUCAAUGAUGAUGAGACUCCAUCUUCCAUGGCCUGGGAAGAUGCAGGAGAGGAUACUGAUGAUUAUGAAUUCGCUAAUUCUCCUCUUUCUACACCAUCAAAAAGAAAGAGGAAACAGAACUUUCCAAGAAGAACUACAGCAUCAGAGAAAACAUCUCCAAAAAAUAACACAAAAAUUGAAGAUUCACGAUCCGAAAAGGCUAACAUGAAAGUUGGAAUAUCACCAUCGAUAGGUGUUGUCAAUAUAAAUGAAGAUGACCCUGUGAUACUAAGACUUGCAAAAGAGGCAGUUGAGAUGGCAAAUGCCUUAUCUGAUGAAGAGAAUAAUGGUGAUAAACCUAUAAAGAUGAAGAGAAAAAUAAAGUCUAGGAAAUACACAAAGCAAAAGCUUGGACGACCCAGGAUCUUGUUUAAAUGCAAAGUCGACAAUGAAACAUUCACUCAUUCAAUUUCCUAUUUUGAACAUAUGACCAAACAUGGGCAUAGUCCUCUUUCUUGUAGGAUUUGUAUGAAUGAAUAUGCAAUGGCUGACGAAUUUAAAGACCAUCUUUGCCAACCGAGAGACUAUAAAAAAUGUAUUUAUUGUCCAAAGCAGAACAAGCGAUUUCUUUGUGUCAAAGAAUUAAGGGCACAUAAAAAAGAAAAGCAUGCAAGUGAAAUGAUGGCAAGAAACUAUAAGUGUUCCUUUUGCGACAAGGCAUUUACAACCAAGCUAUGGCUUCAUCAUCAUCUGAAAAACCAUGCUGAUGGAAAGAAAGUAUGUCUUAAGUGUGGUGAAUUUUGUAACGAUGAUGAAGCUCUUCAAGAACACAUGAAAAUCCAUGAGAAAGAUGUUCAUUACAAGUGUCUGAAAUGUGAUGCUGGUUUUUAUCAUGCACGUCAGUAUGAUCAACACUUACUGGGCCAUUUUCAGCGGGAAUGUAGUAUUUGUGAAACAAGUUUUCCUUCACGCACUGAACUUUCUCGUCACUGUAGGUCAGAACAUGGCAUGAGUGUAAAUGAAGUCAAUCAGAAUAAACAGAAGUAUCCAUGUGACGAGUGUGAAAAAACAUUUGAUCGACCAAGUGCUUUAAUUGUACAUCAGAGAAUUCAUACAGGGGAAAGGCCAGUGGAAUGUAAACCAUGUGGACAGUUUUUCAGAACUAUGAAAUCACUAGCUAAACACAAACAGACAUACUCACAUACUCUAAAGGCUGGAGAAAAACUGAAAGAAAGAAAAUUUCUCUGCUCAGACUGUGGGAAAGCUUAUUUCAGAAAACAUGCUUUACAGAGACAUAUGAGAUACCAUACUGGUGAAAAGCCACAUACUUGUCAACAUUGUGGCUAUCAGUGUCGUGAGGCAAAUAAUCUCAAACGCCACCUCUCACUCCACUUUGAAUCAGAGAGAAACUUUAUAUGUGAAUUAUGUGGGUCUGCUUUUCAUGCCAAGAAAACUCUUGAGAUGCAUCAUGCAUAUAAACACAGUGAUAUCAGAGAGUAUGCAUGUAGUGUAUGUUCUUUAACAUUUAAAGCAAAGAAUGCGCUGAAACGUCAUUACAAGGUACAUUCCACAGAAAAAGAUCACAAGUGUUGGUGUGGCACAGCAUUUAAACGUAUGUACAAUCUCCGUAGGCAUCUAAAAACUGUACAUGGAGCAGAUACUAUUUUACCUCCUGUGAGGAGAGUUCAACCUUUGGAUCAACCAACCAAAGCUCCUGUUUCUAAAACAGAUUUGCAAAAUCCAAAGAUUUUGGCUGAGAAGAAAGAGAAAGUGUCAAAACCUCGAAGGAAACCCUAUCAAACCAUGCCAAGAGAAAUGGCAAACAAUCCAGAAAUGUUCCAAUCUAUUACUCCUACUUCCUUAGCUGAUGAAAUCACUGAAGGUUUGAAGUUUGUGCCAUCUUUGUUAAUGAAUAUUGAUAACCGAAGAACUGACCACAAUUCAAUGUCAUCAGCAGAACAUUGUUACAGUAUACAGACUUCACCACCGACGUCUGCUCCAUCCCCUCACAGACAACAGGUCAUGAGGCAACAACAACACACACCUCAUUCUCAGUCUGAACAAACCCAGCAUAUGACAACAGAAGAUGGACAGCAAGGUAUCAGGUACAACACCAGCCACGAUGGUCAAGUGUACUCAAACAUAAUGGAACGUCCAGCACCUUUACCUCAUAAUAUUGACCCCAAUGACCCAUUUAUGCAACACAUGAACACUUCAUUAGGAAAUCCAAAUUUUAUUCCUCAGGCAGUGGCAUAUUCCACCAUCAUGAGAGAAUAUGGGUCACAGUUUCCAUUCCUACCAGAUGGGUCGAAUUAUCAUAAUUAUGUUAACAAGGCUGUCUAAAUUUUAAAUGCAUAUUUUAUUAGAAUAUGUUUGUGUAUAUGAUUUUAACAAUGUGAUAAUUCUAUUUUUGAUUAUGCAUAAUAAUGGACAUACUUUUGCAAGCAAUAAAUCCUAAAAUGGACACUUUAUUGUAGAUUGGUACAGAUAACCAUAGCAUAAGAAAAUUUAUAUUGUUAUGUUCAAUUUACGUUUGUUUGAUUGAUAGCUUUUUAUGAAUACAAGGAAUAUAUUAAGAUGUAAGAUUUUUUUUCAUAUAUUUAUAUAUAUAUGUACAAUAAUGAAUAUUUCAGACAUUUUCAUUUUAAUCCAAUGUACCAGGUAAAAUGAAUUUUGUUGGGGUUUAGAGUUUAGAAAGGCAAAAAAUAGGGGUUAAAAUAUGCGUGAUUUUGCAAAUGCAAAAAAUAAAUGACUGGCUAGAUUAAAAAAAAAUCACACAUUCUAAUAUGACCAUCUUCUUUCGCUUUGUAAACAAUGCCACAUUCUGAUUCCAAUUGAACAUAGGGUGCAAGGGAUAGAUGUCAAAAUUAGAAUUGCAAGGUCAGUUGUAUUUUGAACAAUGUCAGAGAUGAAAAUGUGUUAGUUUUGCUUGUUAGGAAUUGGAAAAUAAAAUCAUUCUUAAAGUAAGUUGUCAUGUUGAUUGUAACUGUUCAUGUUUUAAUCCUUAAACAGUUGGUUUUGUACAACAUUUUGGCUUCAUGAUAAAGUACGUUUACAUGUAUCUGUUCAUGUUUUAAUCAAAAAAUGAUUAGUUUUCUACAACGUUUUGGCUUCUUAAAAUCAGCAUAGCUACCUUUUGAACAUGUCAUUUUGAAUUUGUUAUAGGCCUACUUCCAAGUACAAAAGUUAUAAAUUUUCCUAAUAAAAAAUUCAAAGAAUAGAAAAUAUUGGGGUGCUAAAAUAUAUAUAAAAAAAGAGUUCAAUGGCAAACAAUAAAAGAAAAGGGUAAAAAGGCCUUAAAAUUUUAAAAGAAUACAGAAAUGAAGACCAUCCCUACCCACCACUAUAGACCCUCAUAUGUAUACAUGUAUAACACUCAAUUGGCUUUUUCAUAUAAUUCAACAAAUUUUAUUGGCUUUGGUUGGUUUUUUUUUUCGUAGGUGGCAAAUUACAUAUUAUGUAACAAAUUUUCACCCAGAAUGGUUUGUUUAGAAAUAAUCCAAGCAAUACAUGUUUGUAGUAGACAGUAUGUUGAGCGUUUAUUAAUUUUGGAGACUGAUUGGUUUCUUGCCUGCAUUAAUAUCAGUUCAUUUGUAAUACUUUUUUCUACAAACAGUGGGGAUUUAUUUAAAAAAAAUUCAAUUAUGGUAACAUUUUUUUAGGGAUACAUUUGUACAGUAUCAUCACGAUCAUGUCAAAUUGUUAAAUGUUGAUUUUUCAAAUGUGUAUCUUUGUUUGGAAAGAACUUGUGUGUGUAUACAUGUAUAAAUAUAUAUGCAUUUUUUAUUUCAUUUUUGUCUUGCCUGUUACGAAAGUCGCAGUAUGCAAGACAUAGGUAUUACUAUCCAGCGGCAGCAGUGAUGUAAACUAUUUGUAUCAAGCUUUAUAUUUCAGAAGGUAGAAGACCUGGAUGCUUCAUACCUUGUAUGCAAAUACCUUAUGUUAUAAAGUUUCAGUCUGUCAUAUUUCCAUUGUCCUUGACCUCAUUUUCAUGGUUCAGUGACUGCUUGAAAUUUUUUUUUACAGUUUUUUGUCAUGUGAAUUUCUCACUUAUUAUGAGUAAUAGGAUAACUAUUUUUGGUAUAUUGGUUCCUUGCAAUGUCAGACAGGGUUCACCCGACCUUGACCUAUUUUCAUGGAUCAGUGAUCAAGGUUAAAGUUACAUGAUUAGGUCCGUUUCUCAGAUACUAUAAGAUACUAUAAGCAGUAGGUCAACUAUAUGUGGUGUAUGGAAUUUUCAUAAGGGGGCCCACUGACUGCCUAAGAGGGGGCCCGCUCCAGUCAUGCUUCAGUGAUUCCCUAUAUAAUCAUAAAUCAACCAAAUUUUUCCAACUAAAGGGGGGCCCAGGCCCCCUGAAAAACCCUCUAAAUCCGCCUCUGAGGUGUACAUGUUUGUCUUACAGGAUUUAUCUGACGUGGACCUUAUUGUCUUUAAAAUUGUUAAGUUUGUAUGAUGCUUUUAGUAAAAUCUCUAUCUUUAAGACUUUCAACAUAAAAUCAGUGGUCAGUAAAGCAGGUGAGACAUUUCAGUGUGUGCACUCUUUAUACUGAAGGUUAUUAGCCUAUACAGUAUUUGUUUUAUCUGUUAUGUUAACCCCAAAUGAAUUAUUUUAUCUAGACUUUGGUCAUCUCUUUUUGUGCCUCAUUAAAGCAGUGAGAUACACAGAAUCAUGAUAAGGUCUGUAAGUCCAAAGUAUUGAUUGUCCAAAGAUACCUUGAAUUCUAGUCACAUGUAAACAUUUAGAAGUUGUUCCUCUAACAAUAAAAAUAUGAUAAUAUUUUUCUAAUCUGAGAAUUAGAAAGGCAGUUGAACCAUAACUGGUUCAAAUGAAGUACAAAGUAACUGAAAAUCUAUCUUAAGUAAAAAGUAUGGGGUUAUGAGUUUAAUGUACAGGGAAAGCAAUCUCAUGAAAUGCAGUAAAAUAGCCAUA